CUGCAGCUGGCUUUCGGGAGAGCAUCAACACUAACGACCUUGCAGAAGAACAAAAAACAAUAUGCUGAUGACUCAAAGAACAAUUCACUUUUACUCAAGACUCACUGUGAUUUUUCUAUAAGAAGACAUCGCGGCUUGACAGCCAAAGAGAGCGAAAGUGUGCGUGGGAAAAGUAUAGAGAGAGUGAGAGUGAGAGAACGAGAGCACACUUGCUCUCGCAGCUGAUAUCUAAUCAAAACAAAUAACGAAAAGCAACGGUUUUGCGUUUUGAUUCAUUGGUUUUUAGUUCCCGUUCUACUUCGAAAGGUGUUUGAGGCUUCGCAAUCGAAUUGAGUGGUUUUAAUUUCAAAUUAAAAAUUAACUGAACUUCGAGCAGUGUGUGUAAUUAAUACUGCAAGUGUUUUGUGCAUUUUAUUGAAAUUGAUAUAAAGACAAAACCAGAAAUCAACAUAAAAAGAAUAAACCAGCAGACAGUAAAAACACAUCACGGCUACGUGUACAAAAUGAAGUACAAAUAUUUGCUGCUGCUCCUGACGGCAACAACUCUGCUGCUGAGCGUGGCAAGAGCUCAACGCGAGGAGAUACCCUAUCAGGAUGUGACGGAUAUUUGCAAGACCUGCGUGUGCCUCAGCAGCCAGGACAGCAACAAUGGUGUGCACAGGAAUCUCAACUGUGCCAUGAAGAACUUUAAGCACAUCCUGGCACGUUGGCCCCCCGAGUUUGGCACAAAGCACACGGGCACUGAGAUUGUGGCAUCGUAUUCGGGCAACAAAAUCCGGUUGUUGCAACAGCUGCCUGCCACGACUGCGGUGGUGACAUUCUCGUGCCGCCACUGUGGCAUGCAGCAGUUGCAGGCGCCGCUCUUCAUGGAUGUGCCCAAUGUGGAGGGACUGUAUCUGAGCUGGAAUGAAAUUUCGGAUGAUGCCUUGAAACCGGAUCUAUUUCGUGGUCCCUUCAACAGCACCAAGUAUGAGCCCAUUGCUCUGAAGGAUCUCGAUCUCAGUCACAAUCGCAUUGCGCGUCUCGACCGCAAACUCUUUGAGCACACACCGCAGCUGAAGAAGCUCUCCUUGGCCUACAAUCGGCUCAGCAUCUUGGAUGCAGCUACGACGGCUUCUCUGGCAUCGAUUACGAAUCUGCAGCGCUUGGAUCUGUCCUACAAUGGUCUGCUCACGUUGCCCGCCGAGCUCUUUCCUCAGCUGCGGAAUCUGCAUAUUCUGGAUGUGUCUGGCAACCAAUUUGCUGUUGUGCCCAACAGCAUCCAGCAGCUGGGAAAAUCCCUGCAGCAACUAAAUCUGGCUGGUAAUCCUAUGACCAAAAUAGAUGCACACAGCUUUCAGCACUUGGAUGCACUGCGUCGACUCAACAUCAGUGAAAUGACCAUGCUGCGCAGCAUUGAGUUGGGCGCCUUGGAGCUGCCUGGCCUGGAACAUCUUUACUGUGCCCGCAACCCGAAACUGGAGCGUCUGGAGUUUGUGGAUCUGCUGCAAAGCCGCAAUCUGACGCAGCUGGACAUCUCGCAGAAUGCAUUAACCACACUUGCGCUGAACAUGAGCAGCAACUCAUCCAAUGCGUCCUGGCCACGUUUGCGCAGCUUGGCAAUUGCCGGCAAUCCCUGGUACUGCAGUUGUGAACUGCUGCAGGCAUUGGAGCAGGCCGGAGCACCUCAAGUGCUGCAACCACUGACGGUUGUGCCACGCUGCGAGACGCCCUAUCUGCUGGCAGGUGCACCGCUCUCGAAUAUGACAGCGGAGCAGAUCUGCAACAUGGUCAUACCCAAGAAGUAUCGGGCCGUCGAGGAUGAUCCGCCUCGAUUUCUACGCCGUCGCUACAUCAUCCUCACCGUCAUCAUUGCCAGCGUGGUGGUGGUGGCCGGUCUGGUUAUUGGCUUCAUUGUCGUCUGCGUGCGACGUCGCCUCAAGGGCAACGACUACGGCGUUCAACCCAUACGCUACACCAGCGUCCGGGGCAGCAAUCUGUCCGCCUUCUCGCAACUGCAGCCGGCUUCGGUAACCAGCAAGUUCAACAAUGCCGCCGGAACCGCAGCUGGAGCUGGAGCCGGAACAACAGGUGCACCAAAUGCCUGAUACGUUGCCGUCUCGUUUCGGUUUUGCUGCACGUCCAAUGAGCCAAAGAUGUCCACGAAAGUGUUUCAGCCAAGUAAAAAGACUUUACGUGCAUGCAUUUCCUGUACAUAUAUACCCUAGAGUCCCUCUAGAAGUGCCUAGAGGACUCCUGCCACCACAUCCCUAGUGUCUAGUGUUGCCAUUGCUGUUUGUAUUGUACUUAAGUUUCUAUAGUUUAUAAUUAUUGUCAAAUAAAAUGCAUUUUUAUACCCAUUCAAA